AUGGCCUCCGCUCUUCCAAACUUCGAUCCUUUUGAUAUCCAUGCUGAUGGUGCAAUCGCUCAGCGCUGGCGAAAGUGGAUCAAACGUCUUGAAAAUCUGUUCGUCGCUGUUGCCAUCACUGAUAAGAAAAUACAGCGAGCUUUGCUUCUUUACUACGCCGGAGAAGAGGUGUGUGAGAUUUUUGAAACUUUAAUGGACACAGGUGACGAUUUUGCAACGGCGAAAGAAAAGCUCACGGAAUAUUUCGAUCCGAAGAAGAAUGUCGAGUAUGAAAUUUACACGUUUCGGCAAGCCCGACAGAACCCAGGCGAGUCCAUGAAUGCAUUUCACUCUCGUUUGCGUCAAUUAUCUGCUACUUGUGAAUUUGAUGACGUCGACAAGGAAAUUAAAUCGCAGAUUAUUUUAUCCUGUUCAUCACAGCGUCUUCGUCGCAAGGCUUUGAGAGAUACGACCAUGACACUUGAGACCUUAUUGAAUGAGGCACGAGCUCUGGAAAUCUCGGAAACGCAAGCAAAGGAUAUCGAAUCGGCGGGAAAUGCGGCUAACGCUGUGCUUCCUACUCCAUCACAGCCAAAGAAAAAUUGUUUCAAUUGCGGUGGAAUUUGGCCACACGACUCGAAGACUGGUUGUCCCGCGCGAAAUCGCAAGUGCAACGGCUGUCAUAAAUAUGGUCACUAUGAGAAAUGCUGCACGCAAAAGUCACGUGAGACCCGAAACUCCCGGAAAGGAAAGCAGCCCCGUGGACGUGGUAAUCCCAAGGAAAAGAAAAAACAAAAUGUUAACCGAUUGAAAGCAGAAUGUGAGUAA